GGGAAAUGGAAGGUGAAGGUGGAGGCCCAGACGCGCCACUUCGAGGUGGCCAAAUACAGCCUCCCGCGCUUCAAGAUCGAGCUCAUGCACCCGAAAGCCCUCUAUUUCCAGGCCGACGCCUUAACAAUCCGCGUUUGCGCCAAAUAUUCCUACAACAAACCCGUAGCCGGCUUGGCCUUUGUUAAAAUCUCCAGCUCCAUGGAGGGUUUUGAGGACGUCCACAAGCUGAGUGAGAUGCUCGGAUGUGCGCACUUCACAAUCAACCAAACCGAGCUGGGCUUGGAGAAACUCCAAGACUCCCAGUGGCAGACUUACCUCCUCCUCACUGCCACCGUCACGGAAUUCGGAACGAACCAAAUGGACGUGACCUCGGGGAGGGUGGAGCUCAGCCUCAAGGGCUUCCAGCUGCGGUUUUCCAGCAGCCCCCUCUUUAUCCCAGGCGUGCCCUAUGAGGGCCAGCUGCAGCUCACCAAGCUGCUGAUCAACCUGCAGGCGGAGCUGGUGGAAAUCUGCUGCCACUUGGCCAUCAAGAAGAGCUGGAACUUGUUCAACGAUAAACAGUGCCAGAAUUACACCGUUUCGGGCGACGGCACCGUCGCCUUCAGGCUGUGGCCUUUAAAGGAGCACGUCCUUCAUGUGCACCUACACGCGAGAUCAGUGAACCGCUCUGCGAUCUCCACGGAUCUCAAGCUGGUUCGGAUGUUUUCGCCCAGCGCCAGCCACAUCCAACUGAAGAAGGAGGCGGAUGCUCCCACUCCCUGCAACCACUCCUAUGGGUACGUGGUUACUUUUGGGGCUCUGGGCCUUGAUGAAGGCGACAGCCUUGAGUUCUUCUACAAGGUGAAGACCGGCGUGGGGAUCCUCCAAAUGGGCAAACAUGUGCACGUUGUGGGCAAGCCCAGCCUGCAGGAUUCAGCAGACGCGAGCCUAUUCCUAGGCCAGAUGCACAAGUACGUCAAACUAGGCCUCAACCUGGAGAGUUUCGCGCUGAACUUCACCAUAAGCCAGUUGUUUGUGUCCCGAUACACCUUGCUGGUCUACUACGUGACCAAAAGUGGAGAAACCGUGGCAGCUACUGCGUCCCAGGACGUCCCACCUUGCGCUUUCCAG